AUGACGUUCUUCGAAUUGUUUGGAGCUUAUGACGUGAGAGACUACUGCAACGACUUCGUAAGAAGUGAAGUGAAUGGACUUAAGGUGGUCUAUAAUAAUGAAGAAAUAAGAAUAGCAUUAAUCAAAAAGUUAAAUGGAUCAGUCAGAGACGAGCAACAGAAACAAUUGCUCUUGAGGGUAGUUGGCCAUCAUAGAAAAGCUGUACCCAAGCGAAUAAAAGAAGGAAUUUCAUCAUAUAGAAUGGAUUAA